AUGCUAAUCCGCGUGGAGCCCGAGGAUGGCAAGGUCGUCAAUUUGACGGUUAAGGAUAACCCGGAGCUCUGUCUAUUCCAACCCUCCCUCUCCGAUGACCUCACCUCCCUUCACGUCACGCACAAAUCCACCCCCUCCUGCACGCCCAUCACCAUCCCCCUAACCCCCACAUUCCCCGCUGGAACCAAGACCUACCCUAUCUCCAUCUGUGAUACAUCCACCACUGGCUACGAUAUGGGCCCUGAAGCCUCCCUCUUCUUCAGCACCCAUCUCAACUACCCCGCACACCUUGUCCACAUCGGGCCCAGUCACCGUUCCACAAUCCCCACAAUCACCCCAUCUCCCCAGCACCCACAGGGAAUUUCCUUCGCCGAUGUAGCACCAAUUCUUCUCGCGACAGACGUCUCCUUGAAGGACGUCUCAAACCGUGCGGGUGAGGACUUUGAUAUCACGAAAUUUAGGCCGAACAUAUACGUGGACACUAUGGGUUCUGGGGUGGAUGCGUAUGAUGAGGAGCUAUGGGCGGAGGUGGAGGUGGGGAAAGAGGGGGGUGGUGGUGAGGUAGUGAGGUUGGAUAUGACCUUCAAUACGCCGAGGUGUACGAGUAUCAAUGUGGACUAUGCGACGGGGAAGGCGAUGCCGCCGGAGAAGCAAGUAUACAAGAAACUGAUGAAGGAUAGGAGGAUCAACCCUGAGCAUCCAUAUAGUCCCUGUUUUGGAAAAUAUGGGUUUUGUGAGCAAUUUGGGCAAACGAUCAGUGUUGGUGACGAAAUCAAGGUGACGAAGAGGAACCAGGAGAGACACGUAUCAGGUAACUGA